AAAAAUACAAACAAACAAAGCAACAACGUUACUAUCAUAAAUAAUCAUUACUGAGAUGUUUCGCUACUUUGUCUCUAAUCUCCAUUCUCUUUCCGGCCAACUCUUUUCCCUAAUCUUCCCGCCUGUCUACACUCCGAGCUAGUAACCGGUAGGUCUAUUUUUUUUUUUACCUCAGAUUCUUUGUGCUCCUUUAAAAUUGGAGUUGAUUGUCAGCUUUUAUUUGGAUACGUUGUUGUGAGAUGCGAAAAAAAAACCCCUCAAGUGCUUGGAAUUUGGGGUUUUAGCGAAAAGUAGGCUUUUUGUUUUGAUUAUGUAUGUGGGUUACUCUUAAUUGGGAUAAUGGAUGUGUUGGUGUACUGUUUAUUGAACUUUUGGGAAAGAGCUGAAGCUGAUUAGUUGUAAUUAGUAGUAUAGGGUUUUGGAGCUCUGAUCUGUAGCUGGAAGAUGGUUAAAGUUGUGGAUUUUUGUUAAAUUGAGAUUUGGUUUGAGGUUGAAUUACUGGGUUUUGAGUCUUCUGGUUACUUGGGGUUUUGUAAAUGGAGGCUCGAUAUGGAAGUGAAGCUCAGUUGCAUGGUGUGAGUCCGGAGGAUCUGCAGGCUGUGGGGAAAAGGACAUUGGAGUGGAAUUUGAAUGAUUGGAAAUGGGAUGGUGACCUUUUUGUUGCUAGCCGGAUGAAUCCGGUGUCUGCUGAUGGUAUGGGGAGGCAGUUUUUCCCGCUGGGGUCUGGGAUUCCUGGCAAUUCAUCCAAUAGUUCAUCAUCAUGCUCUGACGAAGUGGAUCUGGAAACUGAAAGGAAAAGGGAAUUGGAGAAGAGGAGAAGGGUCACUGUGGUCAAAGAUGACAGUCUGAAUGAAGAAGCAGGUAGCCUUACUUUGAAGCUUGGGGGCCAAGAUGGUCAUGGUAAUCCACUUAGCCAAAGAGAUACGAUAAAUUGGGAGGGAACUAGUGGGAAGAAGACCAAGUUGAGUGGAGGUUCUGGAAAUCGUGCAGUUUGUCAGGUUGAUGACUGCAGGGCUGAUCUGAGUGAUGCCAAGGAUUAUCAUAGGCGGCAUAAGGUUUGUGAGAUGCAUUCCAAGGCUAGUAAGACACUGGUCGGAAAUGUCAUGCAGCGAUUUUGUCAGCAGUGUAGUCGGUUUCAUGUCCUUCAAGAGUUUGAUGACGGUAAGAGAAGCUGUCGCAGACGUCUGGCUGGCCACAAUAAAAGGAGGAGGAAAAGAAAUCCUGAAGCUGUCGUCAAUGGCAAUUCACUGAAUGAUGAGCAAACUAGUGGUUAUCUGUUGUUAAGUCUUCUGAAGAUACUUUCUAAUUUGCACUCUAACACAUCUGGCCAGACCACGGACCAGGAUGUUCUGUCUCAUCUUCUAAGGAGCCUUGCAAACCAUACCAGUGAACAAGGGGGAAGAAACAUAUCUGGGCUUCUGCCGGUACCUCAAGAUAUAGAAGCUGUUUCAGCUUUGUUUUCUAAUGGCCAAGGCCCUCCUCAGCUUUUCAAGCAGCAUAUCACUGGACCUGCAUUGGAGAUGCCACAGAAAGGAGUAUGUUCUCAUGAUACUAGGGGUGCUGAGGUCCAAGGCAGUGCUACUGGAGUGGUCAAGAUGAAUGAUUUUGAUCUGAAUGACAUAUAUAUUGACUCAGACAAUAGCACAGAUGACAUAGAGAGGUCACCUGCACCUGUGAAUAUAGGGACUAGCUCUCUUGAUUGCCCUUCAUGGGUUCAACAGACCUCUCAUCAUUCAAGUCCACCCCAGACCAGUAGGAAUUCAGAUUCAGCAUCUGGCCAAUCACCUUCUAGUUCCAGUGGUGGUGCUCAGAGCCGUACAGAUAGGAUUGUGUUUAAAUUAUUUGGGAAAGAACCAAAUGAUUUUCCUUUGGUCUUGCGAGCACAGAUUCUUGAUUGGCUAUCUCAUAGUCCCACCGACAUUGAGAGCUAUAUUAGGCCUGGUUGCAUAGUUCUCACAGUUUAUCUUCGUCAAGCUGAGGCUGCUUGGGAUGAUCUGUGCUCUAAUCUGAGUUUCAGUUUGAGUCGACUUCUGGAUUGUUCGGAUGACACUUUCUGGAGGACUGGAUGGAUUUGUAUAAGGGUGCAAGAUCAGAUAGCAUUCAUUUAUAAUGGUCAGGUUCUGGUAGAUACGUAUUUACCUCUUGGUAGCAUCCGUUAUGGUAAAAUUGUGAAUGUCAAACCAAUUGCAGUAUCUGCAACUGAGAGAGCUCAAUUUUCAGUUAAAGGUAUCAAUCUGUCUCGGCCAGCCACAAGGUUGCUCUGUUCAGUAGAAGGGAAGUAUCUGGUGCAAAAUGAUUCUCAUGAGUUGAUAGAUGACAACAAUGAUUUCAAGGAGCAAGAUGAGUUACAGUGCAUUAACUUCUCUUGCUCUAUCCCUACUGUGACUGGGAGAGGAUUCAUUGAGAUUGAAGACCCUUGCUUUAGCAGCAGUUUCUUCCCUUUCAUAGUUGCUGAGGAUGAUGUUUGUUCAGAGAUCCGAAUGCUUGAGAGUUUACUGGAGAUUACUGACACUGAUGCCGAUGUUGGCAGAAUGGAAGCCAAAAAUGUAGCCAUGGACUUCAUUCAUGAAGUUGGUUGGCUUCUUCAUAGAAGUCAAUUGAAGUCUAGAUUGGGCCAGUUGGAUCCUAGCUCAGAAUCCUUUUCUCUAAGGCGGUUCAAGUGGCUUAUGGAGUUCUCUAUGGACCAUGAAUGGUGUGCUGUAGUGAAGAAACUUCUAAAUAUUCUUCUUGAUGGAACAGUGGGCUCUGGGGAGCACCACUCUAUCUACCUUGCAUUAACAGAGAUGAGUCUUCUUCACAGAGCUGUUAGGAAAAAUUGUAGACCUCUAGUGGAGCUCCUUUUAAGAUUUAUUCCAGAGAACGCUUCAGAUAAAUUAGGAUUUGAGAAUGGGACAGUCGCUGCUGGUGUUGAUAAAACCUCCUUGUUUAGACCUGAUGUACUAGGCCCUGGAGGUUUGACUCCUCUUCACAUUGCAGCUGGCAAAGAUGGUUCCGAGGAUGUGUUGGAUGCAUUAACUGAUGAUCCUGGAAAGGUUGGCAUUGAUGCUUGGAAUAGUGCUCAGGACAGCACUGGCUCUACACCUGAAGAUUAUGCUCGCUUACGUGGCCACUACUCGUACAUCCACUUGGUACAAAGGAAAAUUAACAAGAGAUCACUUUCUGGGCAUGUGGUGGUUGACAUUCCCGCCACUCCCUCUGUCUCCAGCCCAAACCAGAAGCAAAACAAUGAGACAACCACCAGCUUUGAGAUAAGUCAGCUCGAAUUGAGACCCGUGAAGCGACAUUGCAAGCUUUGUGACCAGAAGCUUCCUUAUAUCUAUGGGAUGGCGACCAACAUGUCAUUGAGUUACAGGCCUGCAAUGCUGUCGAUGGUAGCAAUUGCUGCAGUCUGCGUCUGCGUUGCUUUAUUAUUUAAGAGCUGUCCGGAAGUUGUGUACGUGUUCCGUCCCUUCAGAUGGGAACUGUUGGACUAUGGUGCAAGCUGAAGUCCGGUUAGUCUCCCUAAAUAUGUAACAUUUACUAGGCGGUUUGUAUUUGUAAUCGGUUUAUAAUAAACUGUAGAGUUCCAGGGUUUGGACUGAGUUGCAGAGGCUGUAAUAUUGUUGACAUAUACAUAUAUGAACACAUACAUAUAUCUAUAUUUGUUGUUCAGUUAUCAAUCAAUGUAAUGUUAUUAGGGUAUUAACAUAAUAACACACGCAUGUAUAGACCUCUUUUUGGGGUCUGACUUUGAUA